AUGAACCUUGAUGAGCACACUUUCGAGACCGCCGAUGCCGGUGCUGCUUUGACCUUCCCAAUGCAAUGUUCUGCUUUGAGAAAGAACGGUCACGUUGUCAUCAAGGGUAGACCAUGUAAGAUUGUUGACAUGUCCACCUCCAAGACCGGUAAGCACGGUCACGCCAAGGUCCACUUGGUUGCCAUUGAUAUCUUCACUGGUAAGAAAUUGGAGGAUUUGUCUCCAUCCACCCACAAUAUGGAAGUCCCAAACGUCAGAAGACAAGAAUUCCAAUUGUUGGACAUUGAUGACGGUUUCUUGUCAUUGAUGACCCCAGAUGGUGACACCAAGGAUGAUGUCAAAGUUCCAGAUGGAGAAUUGGGUGACAAGAUCCAAAGCGAAUUCGAUGAAGGUAAAGACUUGAUCAUCUCCAUCAUCUCUGCUAUGGGUGAAGAAGCUGCCAUUUCUUUCAAGGAUGCUCCAAAACAAUAA